UCAAACUUCACGUUAAAUUACUCGCCGGCUUGUGAAUGUAGUCUCGCUUCUCUCAAUUGUUUGUGGGCAGUUUUCCUCUUAAACAAGCGAGCGGACCAGCAGUAACCGUAGCGCUAACACCACGGUCCGUCACACCGCCCAGUCCAUGAGCCGCAGUCGGAACCCCCCUCCCCGGGGUCAAGGGGCGGCGCGAGCCAAACAGAUGGGGCUGCUCCUUGACCUGUCCCCCGGUGGAGGGAUGGAUGAUGAGGGAAAUGAUGAAGAGCUGGAGGCAGAGCUUCUGAAUCUGGUAGGAGGAGGUGGAGGGAGAUCCCAAGGGAAGAAAGGUGACGGCAGAGCUCCGGUUCCCAUGGCUGAUAUAGAGCGAAUGGCAGCGCUUUGUAUGAAAAACCUGGAUGAUGAGGAAAUGGGAGAUGAAGAUCUGGAGGAUGAUGAAGACUUGCUGGCAGAACUGAAUGAGGUUUUAGAGGAUGAGGAACAAACUCCUCCUCCCACCCCUCCAGCCAUCACACCGACUGUACCCAAAGUGAGGGUCAUAUCCCACUCAUCUCUGCCUGCUGCUCCCGGUGGUGCAACGGAGUUGGAGUCUCUCCUCCUGGAGCGCAUUGAGAUGUAUAAAGCGGCAAUUUCAAAUGCUAAGGCUGCAGGGGACGCAAGCAAAGUUCGAAGAUAUGACCGUGGGUCAAAGACACUGCAGUUCAUGUUGACAUCUGUCAGGAAAGGGCAGCCAGUCAACAAGGAGGAGAUCCCGCCUCCAGUUGCUCUGGGUGGAAAGCCCAGCAUCACAGACGAUUCUGAAUCGAUCAGAGAGGAGCGAGAGCUGCCGGGCCCCACGCUCAUGCCCUCUCCUCCCACGAACCAGAAACCUCUAAGAGAGGCUGCGCCGGCAGCUCCUAAUAUGAAGCCACUCCAUCUGACCGUGCCCCCAAAGCCUACUGCUGCCUUAACCCCUGGAACACCGGUUAUGUCUCCCCUCACCCCCGGCCACCCCAACCCACAGCACUCCGAGCUGAAACAGGCAGUGUUAUCCAGACAGAGAGAGUAUAAGAUUGCUGCUAUGCACGCCAAACAGAACUCCGACAUAGACCGGGCAAAACAGCACUACCUCACUGCCAAGAAGCUGGACAUACUGGUGGAGGCACUGGACAGAGACGAACCCGUCGACCUGCGCUUACUACCUCUUCCUCCUGGGGACGUAGUAGCAGAACAUUGUGCACCUCCUCCUCCUCAGUCUUCCUCCAACCCUGCUGCCCCCGCUGCACCUGCACCCACCCUGGAGGCCGCUGCCAACCGCCCUGCUCCCAGCACUUUGGCAGAAGCCCUGCAGCAGAGGAUGGACACUUACAAGUCAGCUGCAGAGGGAGCCAAGAGCAAAGGAGAUGAUCGUAAGGCUCGCAUGCACCAGCGCAUUGUCAAGCAAUACCAGGAUGCCAUUAGAGCUCACAAAGCUGGACGACCUGUCGACCUGUCCGAACUACCUGUGCCGCCAGGUUGUCCUCCACUUCAGGGCUCAGAGGGGGGUCAGCAGAACUUCAUGGGUGUCCUGGAGACGGCCAUGAAAAUAGCUAAUCAGGACGCAGCCGCCGAAGAUGAAGAAGAGGAUGAACAAAACGAAGCUGCCAAGCCUGCAGUGCGCCCACCUGCCCAGAAAGCCAAGUCUCCAGCUCCUCAGGCCCCUGGAGGCUCCUCGGCUCUGAAAUUGGGCCCUAGAGCCCAGCACCAAUUGGAUUUCCUGUUGCUAAGGCGACAGGCUUUUAUGCGUGCUGCGCUGCGCUCAAAACAGAUGAAGGACAUGACCGGAGCAGCGCAGCACCUCCGUCACGCCAAGGGACUGGAACACAUGGUCACUGCUGCCAAGUCUGGCCUACCUGUUGAUAUCACAAAGAUUCCCAGUGCUCCAGUCAGCGAGGAGGACUACUCCCUGGCUCGCUCUCGGACCUCCCCUCUCUCCUCUCGCUCCAGUGAACAGUACCAUGGCCUCAUGGAUCUUCUGCGGAAGCAGCAUGAGAAAUGUUUGGGGUACUCUCAACAGCUCAUCCUUUUGGGCAACGUGGCUGAGGCUCUGAAGUUUGAGAAGCUGGUCGAAGAGUGUAUGAAGAACAUCGACAUGCUAAAGAACGCCCAUGCCAAGGGCCACCCAGUCCCCAAGUGCCGCACCGAGGAGAGGACAAUGAACACCGUCAAGAUCCACAACAGCCUGACACCAAAUGAGCUGAUGCUGUACAUCAUCAAAGGCAUCAACCUACCAUGUCCCACGGGUGUCUCACCCAACGAUCUGGAUUCCACUGUGAAGUUUGAGUUUCCUUUUCCUAAUGCGGAGGAAGCUCAGAGGGACAAAACGGGCACUGUAAAGAGCACCAACAACCCUGAGUUUAAAGAGACUUUCAAACUCCACAUCAACCGCGCCAACCGAGGCCUCAAACGAGUCUUCCAGUCCAAAGGCAUCAAGUUUGAAAUCGUCCACAAGGGAGGCCUGUUUAAGACCGACAAAGUUGUGGGUACUGCUCAGCUGAAACUAGAGUCCUUGGAAAACCAGUGUGACGUUAGGGAAAUAAUAGACGUCAUGGAUGGACGGAAAGCUACCGGUGGCAAGUUGGAGGUGAAGGUGACAAUCAGAGAGCCUUUAACGGGAGCCGAUCUCCAGGCGGUGACGGAGAAAUGGCUGGUUCUUGAUCCGGUGUCCUCUCUUCCUCCUCCAGAAAGACAAAAGGAUCGGGCUCCAUCUCCUCGAUCUAAACCCAAACAUGAAGCGACCAGCAGACAGGAAGCGACCAGCAAACAUGAAGCGAGCAGCAGACAGGAAGCAAGCAGCAAACAUGAAGCGAGCAGCAGGAGCAGUCAUUCCAGCAGCUCUCCUCCACAGUACAAACUCCACAGCUUCAGCCUCCUCAACUAUGACAAGGAGCGGCUGGAGAGAAAGAUCGCAGAGUAUCGAAAGGCGCAGCGGCCUCCCCCGUCUGACCUUGUCCUGCAACACAAGGAGGUCACGCACAGGCUGCAGUGGCAGAAAGCGCAGCUGGAGCAAGGCUCCUCUAGUCUACUCACCGAGUAUGAAAAUGUCCUGCGGCGCUGCGUCCUGGGGUACUCCGACUCUGUGAAGAAACACUCCAGCCAAGGCAACAAGGACGCUGCCAAGGACGCGCUUGGCAGGUUCAAGAUGGUAGAGGCUGAGCUGGAAUCGCUCCUGAGGAAACGCACAGGAUGAGAGGAGAGUAAAGGAGUAGAGACCUGGCUUUAGUACUGUUAUAUCAUGUAUCGCUAUCACACACUCACAUACAAACACUACAUCGGGGACUUUAAGCAUAUUUAGCAGGAUUCUACGAUCCUCUUUUUUUUUUCAUCAAAACUGCACGUAAAACCAACCGGAUAAAUCUGUCAAUUGAUCUUAUCAUUAUGUGUCACUUUGUGGUCCCCUGCAACAAAGCAUCAUAAUAUGUUAUACAUGGAUGGAUUGUGCUUAUUUGCAUUUACACAGUAGUGAAAGCUGCUUCUGAGGCACACUUUAACAUACCUUACCUACGCCACAAUCUUUACUUUGAGAAUUAGUGCCGAAGAUUUAUGAGUUUUACAUUUGGCACCAGGUCUGAGUCAGUAGAUGUGUGCGUGUGUGUGCGCGUGUUCCUAAGUGUGUUUAACCAAUAGAGACGGGAGUUUUUAACCCCUCUUCCAUAUUUUAUGUGUGUAAUGAGCUUAAUCUAAUCUGUCUUCUCCAGUGUUCCCAGAUUACUGUAAUCUGCUCCGUUUGGAGUGGUGUGAUAUGGGAAUUUAAAAAACGGGGCUUCGGGGCGCCCCAGCCUACAUCCCAUAAUGAGGGAUUAGUGUUUGUGUCACCAAGGAGACGACUAGAUCAGACGUAGUCGCCUUUGGGGCUGGGGAGAGAGUGUGUUAACUGCGUGGCAUGAUUGUGGUAGAAGCUUAGCUCUGCAAAAGGAUUUCUUCUUCUUCUUCUUCUGCAUUUUCUUCUUCUUCUGCAUCUUUAUCAGCUGUUUUUCUUUGUUGUCUUCUUCACUUCCUUCCCAGUAAUUCCUUUGCGUGUAUUCAGAGAGAAUUCAUAAUGAUGAGUAACAGGCGUUUCUACUUCUUUAAAUACUAAAACAAUAUUAAGCUCAUUAUGCUGUCACUUUAAAAAAAAAAAAGAUUAUCAGCUGCUGUGUCCGCUUGCUGCUUUUUUGCACAUUUUGGCAGUUUACAAAACCAGAAUCUGUCCCGCUGAGUUCUCCAGUAGCAGCACAGUGGGGGCCGGAUAGUCAGCCCAAAGGAAGAGAACCCAACAUGUGCCAGUGAGGCUAGCUAAUUGCUCAUUUCUAUUUGUGUCACUCCGCAGACAUCCCUGUCCUAGGCAUCCCUGAUAUUCCUUUCUACUUUACACACUUACUUUGACCAUCAAGUCAAGGGUACAAAACCCCGAACAAUCCUCUAAAACUUCACAAGGAGUGUGAAAAAUGCAGAGGUCUUUAUUAAAUCAUAAAAUUAAUCAUUUUGCCACAACUAGUUGUACAACAUUAUGGAUUCACUAUUCUGUUCAGUACAUUGGAUCAAUGUUUCGCAUAUGUGUGUUGAUCCUCAUUGAUUGUAUGCAGCCAGAGAAGUAGCAGACCACUUUAAAUGAGCUUCGGUCAAUGUUUUUCAUUUGAAUCUUCAAUGUGGAGGAUGUCUGUUAACUGUGCUAACAGUUUUUUUGUCAUGUGACACCGCAAAGAAUCAUGUGUUUGUCCUAAUCCACCCACUGCCUCACCACAUUAGCAAAUAAUCCUGGUUAAAGUUGACCUCAUAAGGCCCUCCACAAUCUGUUUUGAUAUUUAUGUGACAUCCCUUCCCCCUCAUUCUUUUUAAUCUAUUGGGAGAUGGAUAUCUUCUGAGUCUUUAUAAGUUGUAGGUUGUGGUGCUUUUGAUCAGCUGAUCUUCAUUUAGAUGGAAAGGGCAAUGGAAGCUCCAAUGACUGCUUAUAUCGACAUGAUAACCUUUUAGUUUGAUUUAUAGUGGAUCUUAAAUGAUUAUUUUAUUUUGUGUGUGCGUGUAAUUGCGCAUGCAUAUGUGCAACUUUACCUCCUUAACUACAAAUCUUGGACACAAAACAUUUUGGCUGACAAUUUAAAAAUGUAUGCAGCACAGUUUUGCUUUCUAUGUGUUUUACUGAUUGUUCCAGGCAGACAAUAGUUUCAGUGCACAAAGAUUUAAACACUUUGCGUUUUGCAGUUUGAAUGGAUUUUUAUUUAAAAGCUUUGCAUUAACGAUGAUAAUUAGGUUGAUAUAAGUUUGACAAAUUUGAUUUACAAACUCAAGCACAUUUAGAGAUUCUGCUUAUGAGUUUUCAGACUUAUGAGACAAAUAAAUGGAAACCAAGGCCUGAAUUAGACAUUUAAGUAAAGGCCCAAAAAACAAAAAAUAAGACUAAGAAUAAGACAAUGUCCUAAAACCUAAGGCUUUUGAUGUCUUGUUAUGUCAGACUUGCUUUCCAGAACCCAGAGAUAUUCGGUGUGCUAAUGGUUAAGACAGAGAAAAGCAACACAUUCCCAAACCUCAGUUGGAUAAAGGGAAUGUUUAUUGUGUAGGACUUUUUAAAAUUCAUUAAAAGAUUGUAUCAUUAAAUGGGAUAAUCAUGCUUCAGAUAUUUAAAAAAAACUUGAUUCAACCUACAACACUAACCGUUUUUUGUAUUCUGAAGAACGAGCAUUGCUGCAAACUAUAUGUGCUUUGAAUGUGUUUAAAAUAUGGAAAACACGACUAGUUUGGUCUGUAACCCUUUUUUAAUUCCAAAGCCAUGGAAAGAAUAUUUAGAUCUGGCUGCAGCACUCACAUGAUUGAACACCAUUAACCCCCCACCCAGAGACACUGCAAGUCAGUAGCAGCAGCAGCUCCUUUCUUUAACUCCAAAACCUUUAACCUCAUUUCACCUCAGACACACAAACACUGCUGCCACAUCACCCCACUGCUCGGGUAACCCCAUGGCCUCUGAGGCUGUCCUGUUGUCAUGCCAACAGGCUCAUCAGCAUUUGAUAGUCUGAUGCUCAGGACCUGGGGAGAUGGACAUAUUGUUGAAGUUUGUCCUGCUGGUGACUCAUGUUCCUUUCUUGCAUUUACAAGAUAACACACACACGCACACACAUGUCAUAUUUACUUUUUUAAGGAUAAAUUUGUCUUUUUUUGAUCUGUCAUCUGUCCACUACAUUUAAAAAAGAGACAUUUUGCUUUGUCGUUAUUGUAAAUGUCUCCUGAUCGGCUGCAGUAAAUGUAAUCAUCUGGGCUUGGGAACUUGUGUUUCUUCUGUUAAGUCUUUUUAGGGCAAUCAAUAUAAAGGCAAUAUUUGUAUACAGUAAAUAUACAGCAUAAUAUGCUCUGUCUCUAUUUUUCAGUUAAAGUUGUGAUGACUUGUGCAGCUCAAACGGGGAAAUGUGCGAAGGCCUGAUGAUUAAGUCUGUAUUCGGUUGUUGUUUAAAUGAAUAAAAUGGUGGAAUAGUA